AUGAUAAAUAAGUAUAAUAGACAGUCAUUAGGAAAUCAAAUCGAAGGCUUUCCGCAAAACAAAAAAAUUUUAAACAACUUAAAGCGAAGUCUGCGAAAAAGGAAGAAACAUGUGAAAAAUUCGAAUAACAAGAUUGUGAAUCGUUGGAAUAAUUACACAGGCAAUAAUGAUAUCAAUGAAGAGGAUACCUCAUUGAAUGCUGCCAGAUUUCCGAUCUGGCAAGUCCUGGAAUCAACACUUGCCGUAAUCAAUUUGGAUUCUACGACAAAUCCAUCAAUCAUGGAAACAGAGAUAAUUAAUCAACCAUUGCUCGCGUUUGAAAAACCGCCAUCGCAAUUAGAGAAUUUAGAUCACUCUAUGGAUAAAGCAAUAUUUCCUGUCGCUAGGCGAUAUCCAAAUUCGCGGAGAUUACUUGAUCUAAAUGCUUCUAAUAAAAAUCUAAUCCUUUCUAGAAUCGCAAGUCCGAAAUCAGAAAUUACGGUCAACGUACAAAGUCCUGCUUUUAAAGGAUUAAAUAACAAAAUCUCUAACAAAAGAUAUUUGCUAGUACCGGUGUCUAAGAAUCUGUACGUUUUGAAGAACGUCCGAGAGAGUUCUCGAACAGGUGUAGAUGGAAUAAUUAUACCUAAGCGAUACAAAUUGUUAGAAAAAGAUAAGGACAACGCAACCUCGGCAAUCCUCUCGUUCAAGGCACAUAUGCAUCACGAUGUGAAAGAUGUAGGUAGAGCGUAUCUUCAAAGAGGCAAUCUCCAUUUAUUUGAUCAUGACAUGAAUUAUUUAUAUUCUACUCUUGAGUCUCGUGUUUACAAAGAAAAUGAAAAUCCUACAGAAAAUCCGGCGUGGCCGACCCAUCUUGACUUCUUGUACCCAGAUAUUACUUUUCAGACCGAUCCCAAUUUAAUCGACGUUACUUCUAAAAUUUCCGAAGAACAAGUUGUCUCCCCCGUUCCGGAUUACGAAAAUAUUUCCUUGGUGGAUAUUAACUUGCGCGGCAGAAUCAAUUUUUAUGAUUUGUCGACACUUUCAUCACCUUCUUCCUUCGAUAUUUCUGAUUACGAUGUAACUUCAAAGAAAAUCGCGAAUCACGGUCAACUGAGUACCUUAUCUGCGGCAAAAUUAAAUGAGGUAAAUCCGAUUCAACAAAACAGUAGAAAUUACGGAAACUCUUUGAAAUACAGCUUUGGUGUCGAAUUGACGACUACUGAUUUCCGAGAUACUUUUGACACGCUUGAUGAAUAUAUAUAUACACCAGCUACUUUAGAAAAUGUUGAAAUAGAUUUAAUUAACAAUAAAGAAGUAUUUGAUACGCCACAAAGUCGAGAAGACGAUCCGAAAUUUUUAACGGAAAGCAACGAAGAUAAAUCUAUAACAGACUUUAUAGAUGACACUUCAACGCAAUAUAGAGUUGCCUUUGACGCAUCUGCAAAUGAAGAUAAUACUUUCUUUCCGAAUAUCACUAACUGCUUUGUUAAUAAUGGCAUUUUAAAUAGCCAAGAUAUAGAUAAUCAGGAAUACGGAAUCUCGAUUUCAAGCGAAUAUAACAAUAAAAUGUCAACACAUUUCAACGAUUUUUAUUACAAUAAUAGAUCAAUCGAUGAGGUAUUGUUUACUAAUUAUAUUACUAAAGUGGAUUUGUUUCUUAAUAAAGAAGAUUACGUGACAUCUGCGCCGUUACUUCUAAAUACUGAUAAAUGGCCAUUGAAGAAAGCGCAGUCUAACGUAGAAAAUUCAAAUGCUCUAUUAAUGGCAAUUAAACCAUUGUCCUCAGAGUUACAAAAAUUGCUAAGCGCAAUUCAGUUAGUCAAUCAAAGUAUCAGCAACGUGCAAAGUAGACUGUGCGAUAAAAAAAACGUCGGAUCAGCGAGGACCGAGCGAGAGAGCAAAAAUAGAAACGCCACGAAUAUUACGAAACUAGUUGAUAAAGUAGAUUAUUACGAUUCUGAUUUCUCUACAAAAAGUUUUAAUAAUCAGUCUUUGGACAAGAGACGUAUUGAAAUCGAAGGUAAAAGUGUUGCAGAACACGAUGUAAAAAUUAGAAGAACUAUCUUUUUAAAUAAAUUCAUGACACCGUUUCAUAAGCGCAAAAGCUCGAUUAGCGAUUUAGAGGUACAGAACAGUCGCAAAAACUUCCUCAAAAAGAGAAAAUUGAGUGAGAGAGAGUUUUCCAAAUCAGGCGACAGAUUGCCUCAUUCGAGGUUUAAUAGAAAUUUAAAGUCUCUGACGAAAAAUUACAAAACACGAAUGAAGCCAAUCCAACAGUUUAGCGGAUUGAAAAAAAUGAAGCGCACAACAACGCCAAUUUUAAGAUUACCGUAUUCGAUUAAAAGUGACAUAUCGAGCGAAAAUUUUACAGGCGACGGGCAAAAUCAUCAAGAGAAUGAUCAAAUAAAUAGAUCGAUAAUUUCGCCGGAUAAUACACCCUCUUUAAAUAUAUCUGGUUCUGGUAAAGAAAAAAAAUUUCAUCCUACUGAUCCACAAUUUUAUAAGGAAGCAACGGCUUAUCUUGAUAUACUUGGAUUAUUGGGCAAAACUAAAAACGUAGAAUACGCUACUGAUGUAUGGACCACGCAGAAACUAAUGGAGUCGUUGCCACCAUUAAUUUUCACAACUACAGAAUUUUUUGUUUCUACGUUAACAUUUUUGCCGUACUUUACCGAGGCACCGACAAUUACAGCUUCCAGUACAAUCGCAGAAAAGAAAGACAUUUUCGAGAUAACUAAAUCAUCGUUAUAUGAAUACAUAACAAGUACGAUUAUGUUAAGUACUUCUAUAAUACCAAUGUCGACUACGUUGCCACUACUUUAUAUGACAGAAUUAACAAUGGAGGAAACUGCAAUAUCAAUCACUGAUUUAACAAUAACACCAGUUGUUGCGAUUACUACUGAAGUAAGUGAGAUUUCCAUCACAAUUCCAAUGAUAGAAAAUUUUACAAUCAAAUCUGUCAUGUUAUUAACUCCAUUUUUAGAAGGUAUGACGGAUAUUACUUUAAAGAUUACAAUUCCUGUAGUUACUAAAACUUCAAUCGAAGAGAUAUCCUCGUUAAUUGCUGUAACCGUGGUUACAGAGGAAAAAAUUGGGGAAAGUAUAUCAACAAGUUCGGAGACGGAAAUAAUACAAAGUUCAUUUAUCGAAACAAAUAUAUCUUUAUAUACAUUCUCGACAGCACCAUUAUUUAGGACUACACAAACAGAAUUGAUGAUAGAAACUACAACUUCUACCGUAGCAGUUUUAACAACUCUAACAAUUACAAAACCUCAAACUACAACAUCAAAAUCUACUGUUGGUGAAAAUAUAACUUUGCAUGAAGCUGAGAGUACUACUGCAAUCGCAAGUUCGUCUACGGUUUUAGAACAAACAGUUGCGAUAACAACUUUAAUACCGGAGGACGAGAGUCCAGUGUCACAGAUUGAGAAAACUAUAACCGCGGAGGAAACAGCUACAGAAGUUCCAACGACUAUCGAAACUUCAACGUCUACUGAAACUUUAACAACAGCUAUGGAGAUUCCAACAACUAUAAAAGCUACAACAAUUACAGAAACUUCAAUACUUACUGAAAUUUUGACAACUCUUAAAACUCCAAUUACUGAAGAAACUACAAGUACUAAAACUUCAACGCCCAGUACAACUCUAACAUCACUUAAAACUAAAACAACCGAAAUUUCAACAACUAGCAAAACUUCGACAAUUACUGAGAUUUUAUUUAUAAAAACUACAAUUACUGAAAUUCUACCGAUUAAUAAAACUGUGACAACUGCAGAAACGCCAACAACUAUCGAAACUUCGACAGCCAGCAAAAUACUAACGAUUAGUACAAUUCCAACGACUAUAGUUACAACAACAACGGAAACUUUAACAUCUACUGAAAUUUUGACAACUUAUAAAACUCCAAUUAUCAAAGAAACUACAGGUGCCAAAACCAUAACGUCUAAAACUUUAACGCCUAUUAAAACUAAGAUAACUAUCGAAACUUCGUCAAUUACCGAAAUUUCAACAUCUAUAGAAAUUACAAAAAUUACCGAAAUUUUAACGACUAAUAAAAGUACAACAACCGUGGAAACUUCGAUAUCCAUCGAAACCCUAAAAGCUAGCGAAAUUCCAACUAUUAGUACAAUUCCAACGACUACGGCUACAACUAUGAAAACAUUUACUAAAAUUUCGACAACUUAUAAAACUUCAGUUAUUAAAGAAACUACUAGUGCCGAGACCUUAACGUCUAUCAAAACUUCAACGCCUAUUGAAAAGACAACUACCGAAACUUCGACAAUUAUCGAAAUUUCAACAACUAUAGAAACUACAACGAUCAGCAAAAUUCUAACGAUUACUGACAUUCUGACAACUACAGAAACAGCGUUUACCGAAAUUUCGACAACCAGCGAGAUAUCAAUGAUUAGUACAAUUCCAACAAUUACAGAAACUACAGUCAUUACUAAAACUUUAACAUCUACUGAAAUUAUAGCAACUACUAAAAUUCCAACGAUUAAAAAAACCGUAAGUACUAAAGGUUUGACGCCAACAAUUACGGAAACUCCAUCAAGUACUGAAAUUCAAAUAAUUACCGAAAUUUUAACAAUUACCGAAAGUUUAGGAUCCACAGAAAUUCCAGUAACUUCGACUACAUCUAUUACAACUGUGUUUUUCACAACGUCAGAAAGUACUACAUCAUCUGUGACAACAUCCCCGAAAGAAUUUUUUCCAACAUCAACUCUGACUACUUUGACUACAAUUAUUACUACUGAAACAGCUGAGACUAUUUUAAUUUCUUCGACAACAUCUAUUAUAACGCUAUUACAAACGUUGAUUACAAAUACGACGCUAAGUGAAACGCCGUGUACUACGAUUUCUAGCAUGUUUUUGACUACGACAAAAGGAGCUGUUACAACUUCUUUCAAAACUGCAGUUUCAACUACGUCACUAAAAGUAACAACGACAACGCCACUAUCAUUGGUUACAAGCACAAUAUCAAGUGAAAUGCCGAAUACUACGCUUUCUACAUUUUUAAUAGAAGAGACUACAGCUUCUUUAACACCUAUGACAGUAUCUUCAUUUGAGACAUUACACACUAAAGCUGCAUUGCCAAUUCCUACAACGGUAUCCACAAUCGAAAUGUUCCUGACUAUAUCAUCCAUCUUGACUGUGAACGCCACAGUCUUCAGUACAACUCCUAGCACAAUCACGGAAGAGAUCCUCAAAAGUACAAUAUCUUUGCUUACAUAUUUGACGGUAACAACGCCUUCUAUCACUCAAAUUUCAAUCAAGCCUAUUAUGAUGGAUAAUGGAACAACAGCUUAUGAGACUACCUCUACCUUAGUUACUUCAUUUCUUUUAACAGAGACUAUUGAAGGUACGACGUCUUCUGUAAUAGAAUAUGAAGAAACUAAAGAAUCUGAAAAAUAUUAUGAAACCACGAGAGAAGAAAUAGCGACAGUUACGAGUACAGCUAAACUAACAACGACAGAACAACGUACGAUAACUUGGAUUACUACAAAAGAAAUUACUAUCAUUGAAGAAACAACACCAAUAAUGUUUUUUACUAUAUCGUUUUCUGUCGAAACGACUUCAGAAGCAACUUCUCCCGUAAUCGAAACGAUUAUUUUGACCACGAUAACUGAAGAAACUUUAUUGAUUGAAAAAAUCGUCACUGUUACUCCUGAAGCAAUGAUCGAAGAAAUGUCGUCAUUAUCGGAAGUUACAUUAAUUUCCAUUGAAACAAGUACAAUACCAAUAAUAGAAACAAGUAUUACGAGUACCAGUUUGGUACUCACAACAGCCGCGACGACUGCUUUACUUUUGGAAGAAAUUGCCACAGAAAUUACGGAAACAAGUUUGAUAACAACUAUUACUACAACUGCUACAUUGUCGCCAACUACUAAAAGACCAGAAUAUGCAACAAUUUUAGAAGCUGCAAUUACCGUGACGCUUGCUCCAUUUUCCGAAUUUAUUCUAUCAAUAAUAAUUACAUCGGAAACGCCUGUAAUUACAUUGGAAGUUAUUUCUACAUUGCCAAAAACUGUAUCAGAAGAGUUUACGAUGUCAACGACUGAAAGUCCAUCAAUAACAUACGCUACUCAAAUUUCUAUAUUACUUAUCGAAACAACCAUUUAUCCCAUUGUUUCAAUUUCGGCAGAACCUACUGAAGAAUCGCUAGAAGCUGAGACGGAAUAUUAUGUAGCAAAAGAGCCAUUUUACGAAGAAGAAUAUGAAGAAUAUGAAGAAUACGAUACCGAAAUACCGACUAACAGGUGGUAUUAUUAUGACGAAUACGAAACCACGACAAAAGAAACAGCUGUGACAGAAAAAUAUACGAAAUUACUUAAAGAAAAGACAACGAGUCCGCCUUUUAUUGAAGGCACAACGACAUCUUUAUAUAAAAUAAAAACUUCAGAGUUUACAAAAUACCUAACACAUUCUGAAGCUGCAUCAACUUACAUUAAUGUGACUUCAACCGUGGCUACUUCAGGAAUAUCUUAUACCGAAAAAAUUACUUCGACUUCUACCUUAGAAACGUCCACGUUGACUAUAGUUGAAAAUGUAACAACGGUUAAAAUAGAAACUGAGUUAACAGCGUCCGCUGCAAGUAAAGAAGUAAAAUCAACGACAAUGUGGUUAACUUUUGGUUCUACUGAAGAAUACACUCUUCCCUCUUCAACAACUUUUAAAAUUCCGACGGAGUCACUUGAAUAUCUAACGAUUCCUCCCAAGUACAUGGAUGUAGAACGGUUUACGCGAAUCUGGCUCACCUCACCAAAAUUCAUUACAAAGCCUAAAGAAAUUCCAAAGAUUGUAUUGAAAAAGACUACAAUUCCAGAACAAGUUUCAGAGACUGAGACUGCCGUGGAAAAAUUAACUUCUUUUUUCAUCUCAUCAGCGCUAACGACGUUACCGGAAAGAGAAGUUAUUGAAGUGUACUUAACAACCAUGAGUACUGCACCUUCUGAAAUGGAAGGUAUUAUCAAAACCGCUUAUGAAGUUACCACUUCAGCAAUGAUGGGAGAAGAGACUAUUCCGAGUGUAACACCAUUUAUCACGUCCGAAGCUGAAACUGAACCUGUAUUUCCUACGAUGAGCAAAACUGUUGAAUGGGAACAGAAAGAACAGUUACUACAACGACUCGAUAAUCUCAAACAGCAUGAAAAAGAGAUGGCGGAGAGAGAAGAAAGGCUGAAGGAAAAAGAAAAACAGUGGGACAUAGAAAAGAAAAAACGCAGGAAAAUGAUGCAACACGAAAAAGAGAGAGAGAAGAAUAUUACAGUAACAACCGAGGGCUAUGCUACAACUACUACUAGUAUCUCGAUUACAUCUCCCAUCUAUACUAUUAGUACAAAAAAUUUAACUGUGUCAACUACAGAAAUUGAAAUUACAUCCCCUAGUUUCGAGAUAUCUAUUAUUACGUUAAGUUUAGUCGAAAUUACUACGGUUCCAACUAAAAUAACUCUAUUUAGUAUCACAGAAAAAAUCACAUCCGAGAUAUAUACUACAGAAAAAAUGGAGGAAGUUACUACAAUAGAAAGUACAUCUGUGACAUAUGCUCUAGAAGAAACAGUUAUACCUUACACUAUACAGAAAAGCACAUCUAUCACAUACAUUACAAAAGAGAUAGAGGAAAUGCAAAUUACAGAUUAUAUAACUUUGACACCGUAUGUUACUACAUCUAUCAUGGAUUUGUAUAAUAUCGGUUUAGCUUCAAUUGAAACUACAACUUCGUAUGCUACCAAAGAAAUGUAUACUGUAAGUUAUGUAUUCGAAACGACUCCAUUUAGUAUAACAGAGGAAAUCAUAUCUAUGAUAUAUACUAUGGAGAAGACGGAGGAAGUAAUAGAAGAGACUACAUUUACGCCAUACGUUACGGAAGAAAUAGAGGAAGCGCCUUACACUACGGAGAGAAGCACAUCUAUUACAUAUCUUAUAGAAGAGAUAGAGGAGAUGCAAAUUACGGAUUACGUAACCUUCACGCCGUAUAUCACUACAUUUGUUGUAGAUUUAUAUAGUAUCGGCUUAGCUACAAUUGAAACUACGACUCCUUAUACUAUUAGAGAAAUAUAUACUACGAGUUACGUGACUCUUUACAGCGAACCUUUAUUCGUUUCAUCUACCAUUACUAGUCCAAUUACAUUAGUCACCGAUAAGUUCAUUACUUUACCUAUUACUACAUUUAGUGAAAGACUUGAAGAAAUCAGUGCAACUUCAGUUACAACCCCAACGUGGUACACUACAGAAGAAACAUACAUAGCAACUUAUACAGAUAUUUAUGGUAAACCUUUAUUCACUUCACCGGAAUUAGAGUUUACGAUCACUUUAUCGACUAUGACUAUUAGCACGACUACAGAGGUAAAGUACUAUGAGGAAAUAGAAAAAUUGAAAGAAGAAUUGCGCAAGAAGGAGCGCGAAUUAGAAGAGAGAGAAAAGAUUUUGCUGGAAAGAGAGAAAAGAUUAGAGAGAGAUAUAAUGGAAUUUAAUAAAUACAUGAAAGAAUUUGAAAAGAAAAAAACAUCAUUUAUACCGUCCGAGAAAUCCAUGCUCACUAGUUUAUCAACGCCAGUGCCGCCGACUGAAAGGACUACUAUAAAAGCUCAAUUAACAACGCAGAUUAAAAGUAUAACCGAAAAGAAAGAAAAUCAAACGACUACAAAGAUAGGACCUACUCGACAUACAGAAAUGAAAGGCAUCGAAGAGAAGAAACAAAUAACGUAUAUUCCUGAAAAAACUGUCACGCAGGAAGAAGAAGAAAUAAUGACAAAACGAGUUUGUCUAAACGUUUUAGAAAAUACAACGAUUCCUUUCGAUAAAAGAAGAAGAGAUAUUGUAACCAAAAAGAUCUGUCUGCCGUACUUUCUGGAAAAAAAUGAAGAGAAGGAAUCAGUUGGUCGAUUAAGCAGAAGGCUUCUCGCUCUACCAAGUACGAAGAAAAUUAAAAGACCGAGAUGGAAUGUUCCAUUAAAUUUUCGGCAUCGCAGAAGAGAGAAAGAGACUACUCGUAAGAUUGACAAUCUGCAGCUGUCGGAUUAUGAAUGGCUGAGCAACAAUACCACUAAGCCAUUGCAAUACUUUAAAGGUUUCACUAGGAUUUAUAGAAAAAUGAAGAAAUUUCCAAAAAAGAUUGCAAUGCAAAAUAACACGACCAACGAUUUUCAAAAUAGUACUUCUCUAUAUGAGCAACAUGUUUUUGAUCAUCAUGAAAGUGUCUUCCAACCAACUGCAACGUUCAUGUUGGAUAGUAAGAAAUAUGGAAAGAAAAAUGCCUUCUUCAGGUACAAUUUGAUUACUACAAGAAAAAGUGACUGUUACGUUGACGACAAAGCAAGUGUUCGAAAGAGAGAUGUUUCAUCGAUAGAGAACAAUGAACGGUUUUGGUCGAAGAAAAAUACGGCCAAUAUUUCAAAUGAAAAAGCAACAACUGCAGCCGAAGAAGAUGAAAUUUAUACGGUAAACGUAUUACACCUCAAUUAUGAUGAGGAUAAACAAACGCAUGAAGUAAUAUCUGCUAAACCAGAUGAAGACGAACUAACAACAAUUUUAUUUGAAUCAAAUGAUGGUAUUUAUGUAACUGAAUUUGAAAAAGAUAAGAAAAUCACAACGCCAAACUAUAAGAUUGAAGAGAAAAAUGAAGAUGAUGAAAUAUCAGAUAAAAUGGAGAAAAAAAUAGAAGAAUAUAAUGAUUAUAUCGAGGAUUUAAUAGAAGAUUAUAUGAAUUAUAAGGAACAUGAAACAUCAACACAAACAUAUGAUGGGAGAUUAUUAGAUAACGGAAAUAAGGAUAAAAGAAUGACAGAAAAUGAAAAAGAAUUAUUGAAUCAAACGUGGCCUACUGAGAAAGAUACAAUGUAUCAUUUAGGCGGCACUAAAUUAUGGGAGCUUGAUUUUGUUACGGAACCAUCAGUUGAAUUAUGUACGACAACUGAUAAAAGUAAAAUCAUUGUUGGAUCGAUCACCAGAACGACCUGUUUUGAUGUUGUUCUUAAAAGAAAAGACAAAAUAAAAUCCAAUAUAUCCUAUUAUAAACGCCACCUUAAUAACAAUAGGAUAACGAAACAUGUUUCUAUUGAAAAACGAGAUGCCAGUCUUGAAAACAUAACAGGAAUGAAUGCAUUGCGUUAUGAGUUAAGAACGACGCAACCCAGGAUGGUAGCAAAAAAAUUAAAACGCGAGUCGCAAAAGCACAAACCAAAUCAUUACAAGCAGGAAAGUUUCGACAAAAAAAGAAUAGUAAGACUUAACGAUUUCCGAUGUACUAGCGAAGAUUCAACAGUGAAAAACCGCAAGCUGUGCAUUGCUAAUGCGAACAAAUUGAAGCGUCAAAUUGUUAGGCAUGAAGAUACAAACAAACACAAAAAGAAGCAACUAGCAAAAUCGCGAACAUCACAAAAUUUACACUCUCUUUAUAAUACAGAUAAUGGUGUCGUAAAUAAAAAAAAUGCAUAUCGUAAAACGACAACUGCCAAUCAAUAUCUUCAAGUAGGAACAAGCUUCUCAUUAGACGAAAUUAAGGCACUUAAUUGCAGCGAAUAUAAAGAGAUACAGGAUAAAAUAGUGAUCUCAAUGGAUUCCGACAUGGAGGAAGUCAGAGAAUUUCCCCAACCGCAUUACAACACCGAAUCACUUAAGGGACAGAAAUAUAUCAAACUGGAAGAACUGGAGGAUAAUUUGAAAAGCAACUCGGAACUUUACAGCGAUAACGAUGUUAUCUCAUUACCCGGUCUUAAUCUCAAUUUACCCUGUAAUCAAGACGGUAAUGGUAUCACAUGGCUAUCAAGCAUUAGCAGACCGAGUUACACAUGGAAAAGAACGGACGGCAUUGCACUUUUCGGUUUCGUGACGGAAAACGGCGAUUUGGAAUUGCGAAAUGUGAACGCGAAAGACACGGGAAAUUACACCUGUGUCAUGACGUACAUGAGCCCCGAUAAUGAGGAAUCCGUGGAAACCACUUACGAAAUCCAUUUGCAAGUUGUCACGCUGCCGAGGUACAUUGUGCACGGAGAAAAUCGUUAUCAUGUACGAUCUUGCGACGAAGGGGACUUGGAUGUGCUGGUAACAUAUCUACCCCCAAAAUUGAACAAUAUUAUAUGCGAGGCAGAUGUUUGCAACGCUUACGUCUUAACGCCGUCUUGCUCCCGAAGUCAAAUUACAGUGAAUAUUCUGUUAGUGCCAACGCAUAUUGUUAAACUAAUGACGGUCGAUCCUAAACGCUGCAAUGUCUUCUGUCUUAAAGCCAUUCAAGAUAAACUCUCGCUGAUACUGAGUAAAAAUCUGCAAAUCUUCCUCGGAAAGACUAUUAUUUUUAGAUUGCCGCAUUACGAGCAGAGACUGGUGCCGAUCGUUGAAAAGUCGUCAUUUGCAAGACGGAAAAGAGGGAAAACCGAUGCAAACGUAUCCGCCGGAAGAUCCAGUAAUAUCGGUUUAUUCUCUAGCUGCCCAGCGGGAUAUGGUCUUCGUGAUACACAUUGUGUUCCUUGUGAUGUGGGCACUUAUAGCGAGGACGGAAUAUCGCACUGUAAAAGAUGCUCACCUGGUACGUAUCAACCGAAUCACGGCGCGAGAGUUUGUCGUACGUGCACUAAUCCAACGACAAAAGGUUGUUACAAUAUGCUCUGGAAUUCUUUCUCUGCUGUAAUGGUAACUUUAGCGAGUAUCGGCGCGAUGCUGUCGAUAUGUUUGCUAUCACUAUGGAUAAUUUGCUGCGCUAAGAAGAAAUUCUGCGUAAAGCGAAUAGCUGGUCUUAUUAUCAGGGAAAAUACGUUUGAAGGAGAGAAACACGUGGAGGAGCAAUCGUUGAUAAAGGCAAAUGAAAACGAAGAUCAGCAAUGGGACAGCGAGUACAAAGCCAAGAAAAAGAAAGGAAAGCUUUAUCUACACGAAGAUGAAUGGGGAUCGCAUCGUAUAAAGAAUGUCCCAAUAAUUAGCCCAGACUCUUAUCGAUCUCAUGAAGAUUAUAACAAUCGUAAGCAUCUUUUAAUAUAUAAACAUAUGAAAUCUUCUGAAAUACUACUUCUUUACAUAAAUGUUACGUUUUUGUAUAUGUAUGUAAUAACUCUAUUUUAUGUAGAUUAUCCAAAGCGGUCAUGUCGUAAAGGACCGCGCCUACCAGAAUGUGAUUUUGAUACAUGACAAAAGACAUACCUGUAAGAAAACUUACU